AUGACUACGUUUUUGACUCUCGAUAUACCACCCGAAGAUGUCGACAGACUUCUCGACGAGCGAGGGAGAAGUCCCGAUGCGGAGGACAAAAGAUUGUGGCUGCUGUGUCGCAGACACCAUUUGUCCAAGAAGUUCGAGACCGACGAUGGCCAGUUCGACUCCGACGGAUUGGUAAAAGUCUUGAGCGAAGUCAUGGCUGGGGACCGCGGCGAUAAAGAUGUACCGAAUCUGUCACGCCACGAGCAGCAUUAUCUCCGAGACGACCACUUUCCUGACUUGGCGAACGCUGUAGCCAAAGCGGCGCGCCGUGCCCGAGAGUUUCACAAGGGUGAAAAGGACAAGGAGGACCACCUCGAGUCUUUACGACGCCUUGUUCUCGAUUUGGGGAGGGCAAUAGCCGACUGCGAUUCAAUCCAGGACUAUCUCUCUGUCAGCAACCUUCUUUUCUGGUCAGCACAGAACGUUUUGAAGGUUACUAGUGUCCCACUGGCAACGCCGCAAAACACAGGAAUAGGAGUGCUGAAAUCUAUUGUUAGGGAUUUCUUCAUGAACUAUGUAACGUCCGUCUUACUCGUCGAAUCAAAGGCAGGGAUCCCGAGCGCCGGUCUCGCUGGGAUAGAACUGGGCAUACCAUCUGAAGAAUUUGACAAUCUCGUCAAAAAUCGCCUUGAACUUGAAAGUAUAGGGAUCGGUCCAAAGCGAAAGCGACUCGGACAGAGCCAGCUUUUCCCAAAGUCCUCCACAUACCUUACACCCAAGGGCAGAGUCGAUAUUGGAAGCUUCGCAAAUGGACUUGCGAAGAUGAUGGUCAUCGAUAAACAGGUUGAACUGCCGCAGCCGCUUAUGGAGGUGUUUGAUUUUGAGAGCGAGUAUCUCAUCGCCAUAAAUACCAUCAACGACUUUGAAAUGACCGUGAGGUAUCUUCAACAACUAGAAGGGGAAUGGAAGAUUCGUGAUGAAAUGGGGGCGAGUACGAUUAUGGAGCGCCUGGUUGGUAUCGGGUUGAUCUUGCCCAUUUUUGACAGAGCGAAGAUUCUAUCCGAUGAUUUGAUCUCGCCAGAGUCAAUGAAAGAGUUGACUAAGGAGCUGGCGGUGUUGAUCAGAGACCAACUACUGACGGAGGAGACCAAGAUUGUCGAAACGCAGCCGAAGGACGGGGAGGUCCACAUACGGCUCACGGAAGUCAGACCCUUUAUCAUUGACUUGGGCGGGUGUAUAAUGAGGUGCUGCAAGGACUUCUCGACUUACUUAGCCGCCAGUCUUUACCUCUUCUUGGCUACGGCUGACGCCUGGUGGUCCUUGCCUGCCAGCGACUCCUGUCGAGAAGCACGAGAAUUUAUGCGGAGCAUCGCCGAGAAGUUCUUGCGGAACUACCUGGCGUUGGUUUUGAUCUGUGAAACCAAAGCUGAGGCACAGAAGGUGGAGGAGCUUAAGGCCAAUGAGUCUAAGGCGGAGCAGCCCAAGGCAGAGGGAUCGAGAGCCGGGGAAUCCACAUCAGGAGAUCCCAAACCCGUAAAGAGACUACCCGUAACGUACGACAUCCCACGCGAGCCGUUUUCGAAGCCAUGUUGUAUCCUUUUCUGA